CGAAGCGAACGUCUGAGGCCCGUUUCUUCGCGUGUUCUGAAACGCGCAGUUUCCGCGAAUCGGUGCUCGAUGAAAAAAGUCCGCGCUGCGAUGUCGUGCUUUGCAGUCCGGCGAAAAAAUUGCCUGAACAAAUGAAAAUAGGAGGAAGAUUGGGACCAGUGUUAUCACAAAUGCAGUCAAUAUGGAUUCUCAUGUCGGUCUUGACUACAUUGUGGAUAACCCCGAUUACUGUACCAAACUUGCCUCAGCACUAGACACAGCUUGCACGUCCGUGAAGAAACAAGUAGUCGAAUUACUCUCAGCCCUGUGCGUUUACAGUCAAGAUGGACGACAACGUGCCAUUGACACCCUUCACAUUUAUCAGGAACGUAAAGACGAACGAUAUCGUUUACGAGUCGUCGUCGAUGAAUUACAAAAAGCAACGGCUGAAGACUAUCAAACAGCGUUGCUGGCAUUCAUCAAUUGUAUAGUCAUUUCCACUCCGGUCCUCAAGGACCGAGUUCGAAUUCGAAAUGAAUUUAUCGGUUUAAAGCUGCUCUCAAUUCUCAACGAUCUUCGAAAAGAGAAGAGUCACGUGCCGGAUCUAAGAGUGCAAUUGGACGUUUUCGAUGAUCAACGUGAGACUGAUGAAGAAUUGUCCAAUCAGGGACCACCAGGAAUCGAUCUCUCGUCUCACGUCGACGUUUUUUACGCAAUCCUUGGACAGAUCGCAGACACACCACAAGAAAUACCAUUUUUAAGUAUUCUUCAACAUUUAUUGCGACUCGAUCCUAAGGAAGCUGCAAGUGAUCUUUCUUGGGACACCGCCGAAACGUUGGUCCAUCGGGCAACACUUUUGGAGAACAGGGACGAUGCCACGAAACUCCUGAGGUCUCCUAGUCUUCAAACAAAUUUGUGUUGCCAUUGUCGAGCAGCCGAUCAGACCUGCAGUACAAAUAGAAAGGCCUCGGUACCGACGAGUCCACCACCUCCACCCCCUGCCCCACCGGUACCAUUAGCACCACCACCGCCACCAAGUCCUCCCAUAAGCUUCGCGUUGCCUCCUCCACCACCGCCUCCCCUCUUCAUUCCAAUAGCACCUCCAGAUGUCCCAAUGGAGCCACCUCUUCCACCGCCCCUUCACGUUCCAACCGUUGCAAGGGCUCCAACUCCCGAUCCACCCAGCAACAAUGCAAAACUUCUACCCCAACAGGAAAUUCCCACCCCCAAGACGAAAAUGAAGACCAUCAACUGGAACAAAAUACCAAAUCACAAGGUCAUUGGAAAACGCAAUAUCUGGGCUUUGGUGGCAAACGAGCAUCAAAAUUCCCCAAUGGCCGAUCUUGAUUGGGCGGAAAUGGAAGGACUUUUUUGUCAACAAGUCCCUCCAAUCUUGCCACCCACCACCUGUUCCUCUAAUUUUGGUCCAGGAUUAGAUGCCGAAAGACGUCGUCGUGAACCUACUGAGAUUGCACUUCUCGAUGGAAAAAGAAGCUUAAAUGUGAAUAUUUUCCUUAAGCAAUUUAGAAGUUCAAACGAGGAUAUAAUCCAAUUAAUAAAGGACGGUGGUCACGAUGAUAUUGGUGCGGAAAAACUUCGAGGACUAUUAAAAAUACUUCCCGAAGUCGAUGAACUCGAAAUGCUUAAGAGUUUUGACGGCGACAAGUCGAAACUCGGAAAUGCUGAGAAAUUCUUCCUACAACUCAUUCAGGUGCCAAACUAUAAAUUACGAAUCGAGUGUAUGCUACUCAAAGAGGAAUUUGCUGCAAAUAUGGGAUACUUGGAGCCCAGCAUCAAUUCGAUGAUUCUCGCUGGCGAGGAUCUUAUGACAAAUAAACCACUACAAGAGGUUCUCUACAUGGUUUUGGUGGCUGGAAAUUUCUUGAAUUCGGGAGGAUAUGCAGGAAAUGCAGCUGGAGUGAAAUUAUCAUCACUGCAAAAAUUAACGGAAAUCCGGGCCAAUAAACCUGGAAUGAAUCUCAUUCAUUAUGUCGCUCUGCAAGCUGAGAGGAAACGAAAGGACUUGCUCAGCUUUGCCCGAGGAAUGACGACUUUAGAUUCGGCAACAAAAACAACAGUCGAACAACUCAACAAUGAAUUCAAUUGUCUUGAUACAAAAAUCAAGAAAAUAAAAAGCCAAAUACAAUUGUCUUCAACGGAAGCUGAUAUUCAGGAACAAAUGGCUCAAUUUUUACAGAUGGCAGAACAAGAGAUGGAUCAAUUAAAGAGAGACAUGGAAGAAUUGGAGGGAGUAAGAAAAUCACUAGCCGAAUUCUUUUGCGAGGAUUCAAAUACAUUUAAAAUUGAAGAAUGCUUCAGGGUUUUCCAUCAUUUUUGUCAAAAGUUUAAUCAAGCCAUUGCGGAAAAUGAGCGGCGAAAAAUCCAAGAGGAACAAGUACAGGCCAGAAGAAAGCAGAGAGAAGAACAAUUACUGGCUAAAAAGAGACUUCUUUACAAUCAAGUAGAGACUCCAGGAUCAGAAUCAGAAUACAAUCUAAUAGAUUAUGGAAUUUUUGAUAUUGCGAUGCCACAAAAAUAUAGUCGCAGUGAUCCUAAGAUCAAAAGACUGCAAAAUGGAAUUGUGACGUCAGAUGAGGAUAUUUCUACUACCGGAUCGCCCAACAUUAGAAGAAGAUUGGGUUCUUGUUCCGGUGGUCCAGAACAGCUAUCUACCAAAGAAGACAUCUACUCCCCUGAUAUCACACCAAAUGGAACACUUCGCCGAAGAAGAAGUCGUAUUCCCUGUGAAGAUGACGAAGGUAACCUCAUGGACUUUUUGAGAACAACUGGUCAAGAUAAUAACAGGGAAAGAAAAUCUUGGGGUAGUUUGGAUCGUUCUUGGGCUAAGAGGGCAAGGGGUCAACCACGAAGAGGUGAUCUGUUGAACGCAGAUUUUUCAGGCGACAGAGAGAGACCAAAUUCACCAUCCCCUCUGGUUGAAACGAAACCAUUUUUACAAGAAGAAGAAGCAAAACCAACUGGUAAAGCAUGGAGGCAAAAAAUUGAGGCUUGGCUUUCGGAAAAUGAAAAAGAAGAACGAGCCGGCGAAGAGUUGCAACGAAAAGCUAAACAAUUGCAGGCCAAUCGCAGAUCGUUCGAAGAUUCAGAGAGCGAAGGCAAAAAUUCAUUAGCAAACAUUCCAAAUGAGGAGAAUUUGCAUGAAAGAUACAGUAAAACUGAUGUUUAUGAUUGGCGUCCAUCUGUGGAGAAGACGGAUGUCAUGCGAACCAUGGAAGCAAUAGAGGAAGCUCAACCACUCUCGUCACAAAAGGACAAAUCGGCUUGGCGGAAAUCAAGUCUUAACGUCCCUAACAGUAUGGAAGAAACUGAUCCUCGUUACACUCGAAGGAUUCGCUCCCGAUUGAGCACGGAAAAUAUGUUGGGCUCAAGUACUUUACAGGCCAUCAGAGAGGAGGAACGUAAAAAGAACAGCAAAAUCCCCGAGAUAAUUAACACCGAACCACAAGAUGAAUUAACAAUUUAUCUACGACAGCCAGUGUCAGUUUCUCAAGGACCAGCGAAACGAAGAUUAUCCCAAAUUGGUAAAAAGAAUCACGACGAGGACACGAUAAGCGAUAAAAUCGAAAUCGACUCGGACAAUAUCGAAACACCACCAGCAACGAGAAGAGUCUUCAGUCCACCAAAAGAAGUCAAACCAGUUGAAAAGGAGCCGUGCAAACGAGAAAGAUGCAGCAAUUCAAUCCAAGGACGUGAGGCUGUGAAGCCAGGCAAUUCAUACGGGGACCUUGGCUCUGGUAACUUUGACAGAUUUUCAGCUGCCAGACGAACGAGACGCUAUAAGAAAAAUCAGGAUCCCGACAAACUCGAUGUCAAUAAUUUAAAACUCGAUACCUCACCAUUAAAAUUAGACACUAGUCAUGAUAAUGCCAUAAUAAUGAAAAUCAAUAAUAACAAUAAUAAUAAUAUUAAUAAUUCAUCACCAAAUUUGGAUAAUUGCAAUAAAUUUCCAACAGUGAAGACGGAGAAUUUCGCUAAUGUUGAUUUGAAAAUUGAGGAACCUGUGAAAAAUGAAAUGCCAUUGAAGAUUGAUAGCCCCCUAAAGAGGGAGGAACCAAUGAAAAUUGAAACACCAUUAAAAUUAGGUCUAUUGAAACAAGAUGAAAGUAAAUUGGAAAAUUCUGAUGAGGUACCAAGAAGACCAAAUAGUUUAUUAAUAAAGAAAGAUGGUGAUGCUGAUGCGAUGCUUCAAGUUUGGCAGGAGAAAUUAAAACGUCGUGACGUCACUCAUGAUAUUGAUGUGGCUUUAGCGGAAAUUGCUAAAGCUGAGGAGGAUUUACAACAAUUGUCAAAGUCAGCGGCACAAAGGAGUUCACGACUUCCGGUUACACAAUUGGCGCCGGUGAUUGCCGUGACAAAUACUGUUUUAAGUCCGGUUAUGCAGGAAUCGAAACUCCGCGAUGCGCCUCUUCUUCUCACUGAGAGGGCAAUUCAAAGUCGAGAACGUCGACGAACUAUGAUUGAUCCCAGUCAGGUAAAAGAGGCGAGGAGAGUAAUGAGUGAUUCAACGAAUCAAGGAAUUCCAGAAGUAAUUGGAAAUUACAUAUCCGAUCAUUUGGACCGUACAGAUUCAUCAUUAUUGCGAGACGAAUCAUCGAGACAUUUCCUCGACAAGACUUCAAAUUUGGACACCGAAUCUGGAAGUCCAUUUACACCAGACAAGAAUCGAACAUCAAAACAAAAUUCCAUGUUCAAGAGUCGAUUUAUUCCAGAUUUAAGUGUCACCUCAAUGCCAGUAAAUAAAUCCAGGGACCAAGAAAUGAACGACGAGGGCUUCGAGGAAACUCAAAGUUUAGUCUCCGAAACACUCAGUCAGGAAACAUCGUCGGGAAAUUAUGAAACGGACACUCAUGAUUCUACCAGGUGUUCACCGGCUGAUCUUGGAUGCACUACCAAUGGACAAAGGAGAAUUAGAGAAAUUCCCACACCAGAUUCGAAUUUAACAAGAAUAAAGCCAUUUGAUCGAAGAAAUUCCUCGAUGAGAUUAAAGAGCGACACGUCGAGUUUUCUUCCAAAGAGAACUGGAAGUUUAAAGAGAGAUUCACCACGAAAAGUGGAGCCAAUUAAACGAUCUGAUGUGCUUACAUCGAGAAAUCCACCUAGGGAUGAAGUGGAAAGAUCCGGUUCACGUAGUAGUCUACGAAGUUCAAGGAGUUCUCUCAAUAGUGCGACGUCCGUUAAUACCGUACGGAAUCUUGGAUCGAAUCAUCCUCAUCUAAACAGGUAUACUUCGGCUAUUCGAGCCUUGACGACUGAUCUUCGAAAGGGAAAUUCUCAGGCAAAUACGAAUUCGAAGGAAGCGGAAAAGAGGAGAAUUGCUCCGAGAACUGGAGUCAGUAGAAUUCCAGCGAGCAGGAGUUCGAGCAGUGGCAGCAGUGUUGGUCCAGCUUUGAGAAAUAUCAGAAAAUCUGUUGGCACACUUUCUGAGUUACCAAGAGGAUCGUCCACAAAUUUACGAAGUAGAGCUGUCGUCUCGUCGCGAAGUAGCAGCAGUGGAAGUAGCGUUGGUCCACAGACAGCGAGCCGGCAAAAUAUUGAUAAAUUGGGAGGAAGUAAAACUCGUUUGGUCCAGCCAAGACCCAGUCCCAGAAAUCACAGUUUCAUGAGACCAACUACAGCCAGUGUCAAUAAGGGUUCAAUCCCUAAUCUUCCCAAAAGCAUAAAAACCCUCGUCAAAUAAAAGAAGAGGGCAUUUUUUAUACUCUCUUUCUCUCUAAAACCCAAAUUUUCCAUUAUUACCGAAAGUAGUUUAAAAUAAAUAAGUCAAAAUAAACAAAAAAAAAAUAUCGAUGUUCGCGAAACAAAAAUGAAAAAAAUUUAUAUAUAGAUAUAAAAUAAACCCUUUAUACUUGUAACAAAUACUGAUCAAUUUGUUAAACUAAUUUCAAUAAAAAUAAAGAUAUACUAAA